AAGAAAAAACCUCAGUUUACUCGAGUAUCUUCCCCUCCUUCCCUUCGGCGCAAAAGAACGAGAAAUCUCCCGUCCCGUGGUCUCCUGACGAGCCGCGGCUGAACAGGGGAGGAGGCGCCGAUCUCCAUCCGGCGAGCAGAGCAGAGCAGGGGAUCCUGUGACACGUACCAAAUACAAAGAGCCCACAAAGGCACUAAUCUACUGGCCUAAUCUAUCCAAUCCAGGAGGCAACCCAGCCUGGUAAUAUAUUGGAUCGGUGCUUGAGGUUGAGGGGGAAGCAAAGCACGAUCGACCAGGAACCAGGCAGGCAGCCAAGGUGAGGAAGGAGAAGAAGCUGAGAGCCUCUCCCUGCUUAGACGUCCCUGUGCAGCGGCCUGGGAGUUUCCCAGCCUGCUCUCACCUGGCUGGCUAGAUCCAGCGGUCAUCCCUGCCACGAGGAAUGGGCCUGUGGACGUUGCUGGAGGGCUUUUUGCUUCUCGCAAAUGCAUUAGCGAUACUAAAUGAAGACCGCUUUCUUGGCCCCAGAGGAUGGAGCAUGUCUGAAGUCUCAGGAAAUGGACAAACCAAGUCACUGAAGGGUCAGAUUGUAGGGCUCAUCUAUGCCACACAGUUCUUGAGGAUGCCGUUGAUAGCGCUUAAUGUUCUUAUCAUUGUUGUGAAGUUGGUAUCUGGCUGAGACUGCAGGUUUCAGUUCUGGGGUUUGAUUUAAUUUCUGUUACAGCGUAAUGUAAAAGUAAUCACAGUAAAGAUUGCUGCAGUUAUGUUAAUUUGUCUCUAAUGUAUGCUGUUACUGUUCUAGUAAAUUAAUUCUGAGCCGCAAACUGUUUCUUUGGCACAUAAACCAUGAGAGUAUGUGGUCUGGCGA